CGCAGGACACAAAAGGAGAAAAUAAAACAUGCAGACACAUUCCCUCGAUGCUGUGUGAAACAGCCACAGAAACAGAUAAUGCAACAUCCCAACCGUCAAGGCCAUUCUUUGCUAUCUUCCAUUCAUGUGUUGGCAACAAAUAGCUUUUGCUUGCAGACUUAACUCGGACCAAGAUAGCUGCAGAGUCAGAUUAAUAUGUGUGAGAAUAAAGAAAGUCACAGGAGAGAUUCCAUUUUCUGAGGCUAAUUGGACCUGCAUCUUUAUAGAAACUCUGUGCUUCUCUGAACCAGUCCAAAUCGUCAGACUUCUGUUUUAGUCGUUACGCGUGGAAGGUAUUUUGCGCCCAAGAGUGUCAAGUGGUUGUCGAACAGUACAGCCAUGGUGUCCUGUGCUCUCUUUAUCCUGGGCUCUCUGUGGAUCCACGUUCUGACACAAGCCUGCGGCGGAGAGGAGCUGUCCCGGGAAGCGGUGUUGUCCUGGUUCAGAGAGCGGGUUCUGGAGGGCCUCGGGCUGGAGGAGCCUCCUCUAGUGCAUGGUCCUGAUAGGGACAUGGCCCAGCCAGAAGCAAGGCAUGCACCCCGGAGGGCCCCCAGGACAAGCAGGACAGCGUGGGUCAACCAUCAAAGCAGUCCGACCAAAGAAACAUCUCAAAUUAUUCUCUUUCCCGGCUCUGACUCAUCCUGUGCCAGACCUGACUCAGCUCCUGGAGGAACCUCCAACAGCCACUUCACAUAUUACUUCCAGCCCUCCAUGAACAACCACAAGACCCUAGUCACAUCUGCCCACUUCUGGUUCUAUGCAGGCGAAGGAGCCACAGCCAACUCCUCUGCCCAGCUGUUCAUUCUCACUUCAGCGCAGCAGCUUCUUCGGGCAGCAGAGGCUCCAUCAAAGACGAGCUCGGAUGGAUGGACCACCUACCAACUGGAUCAAACCCUGCUAGCCUCACUGUGCGAGGGCCCUUUUCUGCUCCAGGUCCGCUGUCCAGCCUGCCAGUGCCACGCCAACGAACCAGACAAGACGCCCUUUCUUCACCUCCACACUCAGUCUCGUGGUCCUGUCCGCUCCCCCCGCCAUGCACCAGUAACCAUACCCUGGUCUCUUUCUGCUAUCGACCUACUCCGGCGGCCCUCUCAGGAGAGACCUCAUCACAACGACUGCCACAGGGCAGAGAUUAAAAUCAGCUUCGAGGAGCUGGGCUGGGACAACUGGAUCGUCCAUCCAAAGCUGCUGACUUUCUACUAUUGUCACGGGAACUGCUCAGCCUGGGAUCGACCCGCCGCCACGCUGGGGAUCACACAGUGCUGCGCUCCGGUCCCAGGGACCAUGAAGUCCUUGAGGAUCACAACAACAUCUGACGGCUGGUACUCGUUCAAGUAUGAGACCUUGCCCAACAUUAUACCUGAAGAGUGUUCUUGUAUCUGAACAUUUCAGCUUCAAAGGGCCCGUUCUCCCAAAUUACAAAA